CUGGCAGAUUACGCCAUUCAUCAAAUGACUGAGACCAAUAAGGCUGGUCUAAUGGCAGAUCAUAUUGGAACACCAAAUCUACCAUCAAAUGUACCAUCUCGCCUUUCCUCUAUGGCCACUGACCAGACUGAUGUAUGCAGUAUUCUGGAUAACUUGGGAGAGGAAGAAAGAGAAAGGUUCGCUUUCUAUCUGAAAAGCCCAAUUUUGGAGGGCUGGGAAUCGAUCCCAAAGUGCAAAUUGGAAAAACAAACCACGACUGGCAUAGUGUCUGUGAUGCAGGAGAACUAUGGCCACAAGAGAAGUAUGGAGAUAACAUAUAAGAUCCUGAAGAAAAUGGGCCGUGGUGACCUCGUCAAUAAAAUGAGUUCUUCCUCGUUGGUGAGCAAGCCAACAGAACGGCCACGGUCUUCAUCAGUCUCAGCAUCUCAUUCCCAUCUAGGAGAACACUCUUCACCCAGAUCGCCGGAGACUAAUGGAUAUGGGAGUGAAGGGAGUGGCUCUGGAGGGAGUGACUCUGUCCUAGAGAGUGAAGUGGAUAGGGGAGGGGGGAGGGAAAAUAGAAAAGAAAUUAAGACAAAACUACAUUUAUUUGAAAUAAAAAAAAUUAUUAUUAUUGAUCGAGCUAAAACUUUUUUGGAAAAGAUUGUGUCAGGCAUUAAAAUGUUUAAAAUGAAAAAAAUACAUUACAAAUACAUUAUUUUUUUUUAUAUAUUUAAAACAGAAUUUGAAAAGGACAAUAUACAGUCAGAAAUGCAAUAUAACAAUAGUCAAACAUAUUUUACCUUCAAAGUUCAAACUAAUUAUGUAUCAGGCAUUACAGGGCUUGAAGAGAUACAUUUAGAUGACAACAAAACUGUAUUCACAUUAGAAUUUGAUGAGGAAAGGAAACAGUCAGAAAAACAAUUUAAAAAUGGUCAAAAAUAUUUUACUUUUAACGAUAAAAAUAAUUAUGUAUCAGGCAUUACAGGGCUUGAAGUGAUACAUUUAGAUGACAACAAAACUGUAUUCACGUCCAAAUUUGAUGAGGACAGGAAACAGUCAGAAAAACAAUUUAAUAAUGGUCAAAAUAUCUUUACUCUUAAAGUAAAAUGGCGCUGUAAAUGCCACUGUUUUGGUCAUGUAGCAGCAGAAUGCAAGCAUAAGCAGCGGUGUCAGGAUCCUGCCUGGACUGACUGCCUUUGUGCCACCCUGGUGGCCAUUUUGCAUAUUGUUCUGUGUCCCCUUAUUUGGUUCGUUAAGUACACCCUCAGCAGGCCUCAUUCUGGACUCCAGCCUGACCUGGCUGGAGUCCAGAAUGACCAGGUCCAGUCACUUUCCCAGACUGAGGUCCCUCAAGAGUCUCCUUUCAGGGGAUCACGGUCGGCUAUCAAGCCAGCCAGAAAGAGGCGACGUUCAAAGAAACAGCAAGGCUCUCUGUUGCCAAUUGUUUCAGUAGUUCCUGUGCCCGGUCCAGAGGUGUCCACUCCUGCGCCUGUAGCCCAGUCUCCCAACCCUUCGCCUCUGCCCAAGCCAGCUCCACCUCUCCCCGAGCCAGCUCCACCUCUCCCCGAGCCAGCUCCGCCUCUGCCUGAGUCGACUGAUUUUUCUGCUGCCAUCUUUGAGUCUCCUUCCCGGUCUAAUUCAAUCCCUGACUCUGUCUGUCCAUGUCCAUCCUUGUCUACCUCUGUUCCUGAGUGUUUUUCUGCCUCUGUCUCUGAGAGAGAGUGUGAACCUGAAUGUGUGAGUAAGUCUUAUUGUGUAAGCGAGUAUGAGUCCUCCCCUGUGUUAGUGUCUGUAUCUGUUCCUAGACCUGUUUCCCAGCCAGAACCGUCUGAGUCUCUAUCUGAGUCUAAUCUUAUCCCUGCCUCUGAGAGGUGUUGUGAUCCUAAGCCAGUGCCUGUCUCUGUCCCAGUAACCGUGCCUGUCUCUGUCCCAGUAACCGUGCCUGUCUCUGUUCCAGUAACCGUGCCUGUCUCUGUCCCAGUAACCGUGCCUGUCUCUGUUCCAGUAACCGUGCCUGUCUCUGUCCCAGUAACCGUGCCUGUCUCUGUUCCAGUAACCGUGCCCGUUUCUGUCCCCAUCUAUGUCUUUUUUCCCAGUCCCAUCCCUAUGUUCAUUAUUGUUCCAGUCACUGUCCCGGUUACUGUGCCCACAAUUGUCUUCGUUUCUAUACCUUCCCCUGGCCCUAAGCAUGUGCCUCAGUCGGUCGUGGUCUGAGUAUGUUGUGUCGUCUGCGUCCGUUGUUUUGUCUGAGUCUGUCAUGUCGUCUGAGUAUGUCAUGUUGUCUGAGUCUGUCAUGUCCUCUGAGUCUGUCUUGUCGCCUGAGUCUGUCGUGCAAUCUCAUAUUGACAUGAGGGAAUUUACUGUCAAUGAAAAACAUGGAGGCAUGCAUGGUUUUCAUGUGAAGGCUUUCAAUGUUUGAUAAAAUUGUACAGUUGAAUUCUCCAUGGCAUGUUUUAAUCUGUGCAGUUUUUCUGUCACUAUGAUAUAUUUGUCUGAUACUAUUCUUAAUAUUACUAUUGUUGUUUAUUAUUAUUACUUUGAUUAUGCUCUGUGGCUUUCUCCUAGUCUGAUCAAAUGUAUUUAUGUUUAAUCAUUUGCACGCUGUGUUGUAUGGUAACAUAUGUAUUUACAAGUGAUGGCUAACAUUGUUUGCCCUGUAUAAUAGAUAGUAAUGAUUAUAA